AUGAGUAGUUUCCGUGUCCUAGAUCUUGUAAAGCCUCUUACUGGCUAUUUGCCAGAGGUUAUUGCUCCUGAAAGAAAAGUGCCUUUCAAUCAAAAAUUAAUGUGGACUGGUGUCACCUUAUUGAUCUUUUUAGUCAUGAGUGAAAUCCCAUUAUAUGGUAUUGUUUCAUCAGAAUCCUCAGAUCCUUUAUUCUGGUUAAGAAUGAUGCUUGCUUCAAAUAGAGGUACCUUGAUGGAAUUGGGUAUUUCACCAAUUGUCUCAUCAGGUAUGGUGUUCCAAUUAUUACAAGGUACACAACUUUUAGAUGUCAAUUUAGAAAGUAAAACUGAUCGUGAAACUUUCCAAACCGCUCAAAAAUUAUUUGCAAUCUUAUUAUCAAUUGGUCAAGCCACCGUUUAUGUCUUAACUGGUAUUUAUGGUAGACCAUCUGAUUUAGGUGUUGGUGUUUGUUUAUUGUUGAUCUUGCAAUUAGUCUUUGCCGGUAUCAUUGUUAUCUUACUAGAUGAAUUGUUACAAAAAGGUUACGGUUUAGGCUCAGGUAUUUCCUUGUUCAUGGCUACAAACAUUUGUGAACAAAUUUUCUGGAAAGCUUUUGCUCCAACCACUGUUAACAAUGGUCGUGGUGAUGAAUUUGAAGGUGCUGUUGUUGCUCUUUUCCAUUUAUUAAGUGUCAGAAAAGACAAAAGAAGAGCUCUUGUCGAAGCAUUUUACAGACAAAACUUGCCAAACAUUUUCCAAUUAUUGGCUACUUUUAUUGUCUUCUUCCUUGUUGUUUACUUACAAGGUUUCCGUUAUGAAAUCCCAGUUAGAUCAACAAGACAAAGAGGUCAAAACGGUUUGUACCCAAUCAAGUUGUUCUAUACUUCAAACACCCCAAUCAUGUUACAAUCCGCACUUACCUCAAACUUUUUCAUCAUUUCACAAAUGCUAUUCCAAAGAUUCCCAUUGAACCCAGUUGUUCGUUUAUUUGGUGUUUGGGAUGCUAGACCAGGUUCAGCUCAAUUAUUUGCUUCCAACGGUCUUGCUUAUUACAUUCAACCACCACUUUCAUUAACUGAAGCUUUAUUAGACCCAAUCAAGACUGUCAUCUAUGUCUCAUUUGUCUUAUCAGUUUGUGCCCUGUUCUCCAAAACUUGGAUCGAAAUUUCUGGUACUGCUCCAAGAGAUGUUGCUAAACAAUUCAAAGAUCAAGGUUUAGUUAUUGCCGGUCGUCGUGAAACUUCAGUCUACAAAGAAUUGAAAAGAAUCAUCCCAACUGCUGCCGCUUUCGGUGGUGCUUCAAUUGGUGCUCUUUCCGUUGCUUGUGAUUUAUUAGGAACUUUAGGUUCAGGUACUUCAAUCUUGUUAGCUGUCACCACCAUCUACAGUUACUACGAAAUUGCUGCUAAAGAAGGUGGUUUCCAAAAACAUAUUGUUGAAGGUUUUUCUGAAGCUUUUUAA